AUGCAGCCUCCUGUGUUGGCUAUGCCGGAUUUUGGUCGAAAAUUCGUCUUACAAACUGAUGCGUCCUCCUUGGCUAUUGCGGCGGUGUUGUCUCAGGAGGUGGAUGGCGUCAGGCAGCCAAUUGCUUAUGCUUCACGCACAUUGACACCCUGUGAAAAAAAGAGUUCAUCUGUUUAUGAGCUGGAGUGUUUGGCUGUUGUGUUCGGGAUAAAUAAAUUUCGAAGGUUUUUAGAACAUAAAGUGUUUCUCCUUGAAACCGACAACCAGGCACUAUCUUGGCUCCUCGCUCAUCCUCGUCAGCUUGGGAAAAUUGGUCGUUGGGUCGUUCAAAUAUCUUCCCUUAAAUUUACUGUGCAACAUGUGCGUGGCACGCAAAAUAUCAUUGCCGAUACGCUUUCUAGGAUGUACCAUACUCCCGGCGACCAACUUCAGGAUUUGGAGCCGGUAUGUGGGGCUGUGCUGCUUGACUGUCCUCUGGCCUUUUCGGAUAUCCUCCCUCAUCAACUAAAUGAUCCCGAGCUGGCCAAUAUUAUCUGUGAGCUUCAAGGGGGAGGUGCCCACCCCCCGUACUUUCUGUCCCAAGGUACCCUUUGCUGUCGAGCUAGGCAGCGGGGGAAAGCCCAAAUUAGUGCUGCCAAGUCUUCUUGUACCGAUGGUCUUUCAUUAUUUCCAAACUUCUCCCGUGGGCGGUCAUUUAGUGGCGGAGAGAGACCUCUGGAGAAGCUUUUCAACGACUACGUUGGGGCUUUCGCUCGUAGCAAGUCAGGUAAUAAGUUCCUGCUUGUCUGUGUAGAUGCUUUCUCCAAGUUCGUCUGGUUGUUUCCGUUACGAAGCGCCACAGCUCAGCUCACGACUAAGGUGCUCCGUACCAAUCUUUUCCAACAUUUCGGAAUUCCCGCCACUAUAGUAUCCGAUAAUGGAACUCAGUUUUUGUCCAAUGAAUUCAAGAGAAUGUGCUUUGGGCACGGUAUUCGCCAUGUGACGACUUCGCCUUACUACCCACAGCCCUCCCACGCAGAGCGUUUUAACCGUAAUCUGCGAUCAGCCCUCAUUGCUUUCCAUGCUAAAAAACACGAGACGUGGGACCAAGCACUCCCUUGGAUUCAAUUUGCUUUUAACACAGCUGUUCAUGAAAGUCACAAGGCGGUGCCCUUCGAGUUGUUGUUUGGGUUUCCACCCAACAACCCUUUGGCUAAUAUUUGGAGGAUUGGGGACCUUCUGCCACCGCCUGGUACUCCUGAUGUUGCUAGCACUUGGGCAGCUGCCCGGCGAAAUCUUUUCAGGGCUAGGGAAUUGCUGAGGAGGAGCUGA